AUGCGUUUUCAGCGUUUAUCUACACAAGAUGGCGGGAAGUGCUAGAAGUGCGUGGCAAGAUAUCUCUCGUUUUAUGUAGUUCUCCUCUAUAUACAACAUUUUUAGCCAACUUUUAUGUAGCCCAGAAACGUAAGAUAAUAUUUAAUAGUCGAGUGUGACUCAACAAGCAAGAUGUCUGACCACGAAGAACUAGAAGGGUGCCCUACUGAAGAAGAAGAAGAAGAGCACUCGGGGUCAGCAUCUCCGGUCUCCGUAGAGUCGGUCAACGAAGAAUAUUUAUGCACCCUCUGCGAAGAGAAGUUUAACCAGCCCAGACUGCUGUCAUGUCUGCACACGUUCUGUUUGCCGUGUCUGGAGAAACUGACCAAGGAUCCGGAGACCGACGAGCCUUUGGAGGCCAUCACUUGCCCAUUGUGCAAACAGGAGACCAAAAUCCCAGCCAAGGGUUGCGAGGAACUGAGCCAGGACCUGGUGAUGGUCAACCUACUGGACAUGUCGGCCAUUGAGAACAUGCAAAUCGUCUGCACCAGUUGCAAGGCCAAGGAGAAGGCAGUUGCUCGUUGCAGCGAUUGUGCCAAUUUUCUCUGUCCAAACUGCGUCACUGCCCACCAGUACAUGAGAUGUUUUGAGAAUCACAAGGUGGUUUCAUUUGAAGAUAUUCAAAGUGGAGAAGAGGGGCCUGUGAUUCAUAAGCCAUUGUUCUGUGAAAUACAUCCAGUGGAAGGGAUGAAGUACUUCUGUAAUACUUGCCAGACUCCCAUCUGUAAUGAAUGCAUGGUGACCAAUCAACACCAGGGACAUCAGAUUGACAGAAUCGGGAACGGUGAUGAGAAACAUUCUGAAGAAUUGAAAAAUCUGAUGUCAGAAUGCAAAGGAAAGGUUUCAUUCUGUGAGGAGGCUUCUGCCAGUUUGGAAAACCACUUGUCUGAUCUUCAGAAUGCCAGGGACAAUGCGAGAGACCUGGUGAAGGAGACAUUCCAGAGUUACAAGGCCAUUCUAGAGAAGAGACAGGAGAGUUUGUUGGAAGAAGUGGAAAAGUUGCACAAGUCUCAAGAGCUGAAAGUCAUGGACGUGUUUCACAAUGUAGAGAAGACCAUUGAGAAGAUUGAUGAUGGCUGCAAGUUCACAGAGAGAGUGCUAAAAUACGGCAACACAAUUGAGAUCCUGUGCAUGAAGAGACAGAUUACAUCUCAGUUGCUGUCUUUGAUCAACAACACUCCCAACCCCGACAUCAGCGUGAAGAUUGAAUUUGAGACUGAUGCAGAGAAAUUUGAGCAAGCUGUGAAGGAACACUUUGGGCAUUUGAAGGAAGACCAGCCUGCACCAGCUGUGACUCAGCAUCAGCAGUCUCCUACAUCUCACCAGUCUUCAUUUGAGAACGAAGGCUUCAUGUUGCCACCAGGUGUCCUCAGCCCAGAGAAUCCUGGGAUACCCCCAGUGACUCCACAUUCAGAGUACAGCACGUCAUCCUUUGGGCUGUCCAGUGUUUCCUUGGCUGCGUCCAUCUCCAGCAUGAGUUCAAUGCAAUCCAUGCCUAGCACAUCACUGUCGGAGCGCAGCAUUUCUCGCAACUCCCAGAGCCCAGCCAUGUCUGACAGCGGAGUGUCUGUGGACACUGGCAGCAGCGGCAGUGGAAGCAACACUCCACUCAUAAAUCUUGCCGCACUGGCCAAGUUGGGCACUGUUAGUGUCAAUAACUUAGGUCAAAUUACCCUGAAUGGUCAAGUGGUUCCUGGGCUCAACGUGAACAACGUGACUGGACUUCCUGGUCACUCAGCUGUGGGACUGGCCGCCAGGGGGACUUCACAGAUUGGACAAGGAGACACUGGUUCUGGUGUUGGCCAUUUUGAACAGCAAACGAGUGGCCAGGGGUCCCGUUCUAAUUCCCCACAUAUAGACAACCUCGCGAACAUUCUGAGUCAGCUUACACCGCAGCCCAACAGUUUUGACCCGGCCCUUCUUGGCAGUGCAACCUCUGGUGGGGGUAACUCAAAUCUCUUCUUGUCUGGUUUAGGCCUGCCACCCCCUCUCCCCGGGGGGAUGAUGCACCCACCUCCAUCCACCCCAACUGGACUGCCAUCGUCCAAUUCGUCGGGGUCGCGUUCCACCACCCCAAGUCUUGAGAACUUGGCUGGGUUGCUCUCACCUUCGCCCCAGUUGAACGGACUUGGGGCUUUUGGAAACCCCCUCGGCCCAAACUCUGGCCUAGGAAAUGUGAUGGCCCAGCCACCAGGAAUACCUAUCACUGGUAAUGGGGGCGGUGCAGGAUCUGGCGCUGUAAACCCACACCCACCUUUUCCUGUCAGAGCUUCGGGGAAGAUGUCUGCUAUGCAAAUAAGGUGCAAGUUUGGUCAGCUUGGGCCAGGCAAAGGGCAGUUCAAUUCUCCUCACGGAUUCUGUCUUGGAGCAGACGAAGACAUUGUUGUGGCUGACACAAACAAUCAUCGCAUACAAGUAUUUGAGAAAACUGGCGAAUUCAAAUACCAGUUUGGCAUACCAGGGCGUGAAGAAGGUCAGCUGUGGUACCCCCGCAAGGUCGCUGUCAUGCGCAGCACUGGAAAGUAUGUCGUUUGCGACCGAGGCAACGAGCGUUCGCGCAUGCAAAUAUUCACCAAGAGUGGGCACUUUAUCAAGAAGAUUGCCAUUCGAUACAUUGACAUUGUUGCGGGUUUGGCCAUAACCCAACAAGGCUACAUAGUUGCUGUGGACAGUGUGUCUCCCACUGUGUUUGUGAUUUCUGAGGGCGGGGAUUUGGUGAAAUGGUUUGAUUGCAGUGACUACAUGAGAGAGCCCUCGGACAUUGCCAUCAGCGGCAAGGAGUAUUUUGUUUGUGACUUCAAGGGUCAUUGUGUGGUGGUGUUUAAUGAAGACGGCCAGUUCAUGCGUCGUAUCGGUUGUGAGAACAUCACCAACUACCCCAACGGAAUUGACAUCAGUGAUGCCGGCGAUGUCUUGGUGGGAGAUAGCCAUGGCAACCGUUUCCAUGUGGCAGUGUUCCAGCGCGAUGGCUCUCUUAUUGGCGAAUUUGAGUGCCCCUAUGUCAAGGUCAGCCGCUGCUGUGGAUUGAAGAUCACCUCCGAAGGAUAUGUGGUAACCCUGGCCAAGAACAACCACCAUGUUUUGGUUCUGAAUACCCUGUACAUUACUUAAAGCAAGGAUUUUACUGUGUUUUUUAUUCAGUUUGUUGAUUAUUUGAUUUUUCGGGAUGGGGCACUUUUUGUAUAGGUUUACAUUUUGCUUCCAGGCUUGUGGAAAGUUUUUGGAAGUUGAUAAGCAUAAUCCAUGGUGGCUGCAUGGUGUGCAGCUCCCUUAAGCAUUGUGAACUGUGAGCGAAUAAGGAAAAGCUGGUAAACUUGCAAAUGAUUAGUCCUUGGUACAUGAUAUAGCUAAUUGGUAUCAAGGUUAGCAAUUGGAUAACAAAAUCCAAUUUAUGAGUGAUUUUUUUUUUUUUUUUUUUUUUUUAAUUUUAGAAUCAGACGGUGACAGAAUGUUUAUUUACUCCUAUUAUGAUAAUAUACUACCUUUAUGAUCUCUAAAGUUUCUUUACAGAAGCUACGAAACAAAAAAUUGACUUUACUAACACUUUGUAUACAUACAUAUAACUAAUCUGGACUUCUACAAAUCAUUCUGUUGAUUAUUAUUAUUAGAGGUUCUAUGUUCUAAUUUUAUGUUUGUAUUAUUUGCUUACUCAUUUACAUUACAUAUUAUAUAUUACUCCAGUUUUCAAAAAGUUUAGGUAGAUGCAUAUACAAAGAAAAAACAAUGGAGACACUGGUGCAAUGGAGUAUUCUGAUAUUCAGGCCAUAUUAUUCUAGUGUACAUUACAUUGGGGUUAAGGACCGAGUCUCAGCUGUUUCUAUGAGCAUUCAACUGAUGUGUUUCUGUUCAUUAUCAAAAUAAAGCAUAAAGUUUGUAAUUGGGUCAAGGCUAAAAAGUCGGCGUACAAACCUUUAUUGAUGUUUAAUUAGUCUUGAUUAUAGGGCAGCAUAUGUAGAGUUUUCUAUUGAUACAUCAGUUAAGACGCGUAUGAAAUGUACCAAAAUUUUACAUUCAUUUAUGAGUAGGAAGACAAAAAUUGCUAAAAGUGUUUAAGGGAUAUGUAUUUUGAUUGUUUUACCUUGUGUCAAUAGUGUACUGUGAUCUACCACUGCUGAGGGUACUUCUUAUGGCUCUGCACUGCCCCAUGGCUGGGGAACUGAUAAAAAAUAGAACAUGAAAAACAUCUUUUUAAAGAAAUACUGAUAUACAAAAAGGUCGAGAAGGAUUCCACAUAAACACUUAGAAAGAAUUUAUAUAUAUCUUUUAUGUAAAUACAUACCAUGUGUCAGUAUGUUGAAGUCAAAAAUGUUUGGUAAGCAAAAACAUUGGCACAAAAAGUAUGAAUGGAAAUCGGAGGACCUUGAUUAUUUUUACCUUGCUUGGUUGAGGUCUAAAUUUAUUUUUUGAUUUAGUAUAUAGAUAAAAGUCUGUGAUAACACAAAGAAGUAGCUUAGUUAACUACCCAUGUUCUCUACUAAAAAGCAUUUACUUCAAAAUAUGCUUCCCUUGUAAAGUGCAGUUGCCAUAUUUAAAGGUGCUAAUUGUUUCAUAUUAACUAUGCACAAAACAAUCAAAUAACUUUUGUUUUAAUAUAAAUUCUCAGGAUGUGAUGUUUCUCACAUUUUGUUUUUGUUUUUUUUUUAUUAUUAUAAUUAUCAUGAUUAUUUAUUUAUGACAAUUGAUCACUUUUUGUCUAACAUUUUUCAAAUCUUUUGUCAGUUCGGGUGAAGAAAUCAGUCCUAAGUUGUUUUCUUGAGACUGAAAUAAGGUACUACUUCUUCAGAAACUGAUUCAUCAUAAGCUUGGCAUUCAAAGUAUGUCAUGUCUUCAAUAAGAUUUGAGUGCCACUGAAAUAAUAUUACAAAUAUAUAUAUAGAUUUAUCAAACCAGAGAUUUUGGAAGGGGGUAGACUCCAAAACAACUUGUCAUUAAAACUGAAUUCAUGAUGUGCUAUUUUUGCUAUGAAAUUUUGUUAAUUUAUUUGUUCUAUUAGAUAUUAACAAAUUGAAGCCCAUGCUUCAUCCAUGGGGCAGUGUUGGAGCCAUUCCUUCUUUACGUAUACAAAUAUAUUAUAAUUAUAUGUUAUACUCAGCACACUACGUGAAGUACCUAAACGUGUUUUGAAAGUUUAGAAAAAUUCUUGCCUAAUAGGGCGAAGCUACUUAUGCAAGGGGGAUGUUUAUAUAUUAAAGUUUGUGGUCUCUGUUCUGCUGUGCAUCCAUAUAAUGCAGUGUUGUGCCAAGAAGGAAAAUUCACUUCUGGCUGUGACUUUAUUAUUAUAUUUUUUAUUAUUUUAUUUUUUUUAUUUAUUUAU